CCCUGUUCUUCAUCAGGGUUUUAGACCAGUUUAGAUGCUUUCAUUUCUCCUUCCCCAUAUACCUGCAAUUGCACUGGUCUUUAAUAGUGUUUAUUUGUAGAGAGAAGCCCACUGAAAUAUUGCAAAAUAAAACACAGUGAUGAGUUGUGGUUUAUUUACUCAAGCUUCACUGAUGUAACAAACCUGAUUUUAUGUUAAUAAUGACUCAGAAGCAGAGUUGGGAGGAGAAGCCAGAUCUUCUGAUUCCUUUAACCAUGCCAUAAUAUUUCUUCCCAUCCUUAGAUCCAACAGCAGUUCUCUGAGCUGGGGUACAGGCAGUAGUUCUGUGGCACCCUGAUGAAACAGCUGGCUGAAAAAAUAAUAAUAGUGCUUUGCAAGUUUGCAGAGUUCCAUUAACAUUUAGGAGCACGCUCAGCUCUGGUAGGCACUGUUUAUACCCUGUCUGUCUCUCCAGCCAGCAGGAACGCUGACCUGCAGAGUUCCUCAAGGAAAACCAGUUGGAAAGCACUUGGAGCAAUCAGUGCUAAGUAUGCACAUGAGUGUUCGAGGGAAAUGCAUGUUCAAAGUGUAGAUCGUAGAAAUCUGUUGAUAAAACAAAAAAAUUUUAAAAAUGAACAAAUAGUGUAAAGUGAAUGGUUGCAGUUCUCUGAUGUCUUCUGCUGGGGGCUCAUUCCAGAGCUGGUGCUCAGCCCAUGGGCAGUGCUGGAGGUGAGGCUUAUCUCACUACUUGAGCUGAAUAUGGAAAGGCUGUUUUAGCAUAUUGCCUCUGACAAAUUAUGUGGUAAUGUUGAGGCUCUGUUUUGCUAUUACUGCAGUUAUAUAUUAACUAUUAACUAUUAAGAGCUACAGGUAAGCCAUCUGCUGAUGUACCAGAGCUGCAUUUCUCGUCUGCAGAACUAUCCUGAUUUUGAAUCUAUCCCAGUGUCUUUCUUGUGAUUCUUCCUGAGUUUGUCUAAGCUGUACGUUGAUAGAACAUGCAAGAGAAAAGGGGAGAGGACAAACUAAGGUGAGUUUGAAAGUAAAAUGAGCAAACAAUAUUGCUAGCCUUGUCCUUUCAGAAGUCAAAAGCUACUCCCCUCCUCCCUGCAAUUAUAAGACUUAAUAAUACCAAGGUUUCUAUGGUUCAGCAUGCACACAGAUCGCAUUUCAGGUUGCUGUGCCCUGAAAGUGGGAGAACAGAGGGAGCAAAGGGAGGGAUAGCACUGUACACACAUUGUUGUACAAAACAAAAAUCUUACGUAACUUGCAAGAUCUCAGACUUUAAAAAAACAUGAAGAUUUACAAGGUUGACAAGAGUUGUCACAUAGGAGCAAUUUCUACUUGAUUACCACGUCUCUGAAGUAUGCUGACCUAAAGAACAGCCUACUCAGGAACCUGGUUGCCAUCCUCCCUUGCCAGGGCUAGUUACAACAGGAGCUGAAGCCAGUUGCCCCGAAAGCCAGAAAUGAUUUUUUGGUAGACUUGUUUUACCUGGGGCUAUCUGCAAGUGGAACAGAUCCUACCUGAGCUGGUCACACAUGGUAUGGAGCAGAGGGGGUUUGUCCUCUCUACAUCCAUAUUUGCAGAGGUAGGAAUUGGACAUCCUUGAUCCCUGACACAGGAAUAAUGUGAGGAGAGCUGAUUUGCAUCUUCUGCUGUAGCAGCACAGCCCAGGACUCUGGCUUUCCCCCCAAGAGCCUCCUUCCUUUCCCCAUGAGACUUCUGUACCCCUGGCUUUCCCAGCCCAGAGGGAGCUGCUGAACCAUGAGGGGUGCUUCCCCUGCCUGGCCCUGCCUUCCUAGUGCCCCUGAUCUGUGGGAUACUAGCCGGGGGAAAGAACAGUUCUCCUUCCCUGGACCUGGAUAUCCAGGCAGAGCCUAAACAAGGAACAGAGAGCAUUUCACAUGCAUUUGGAGAGCACUGAGCUCUCGGGCUUUUCGUCCAAGUUUUGAAAACCCACACAAUGUUCCUCUAGCAGAGCUGCCUCUGCUUUCUCAGCUACACAGAAAGGUGAAGGUGCUUCCCAGGACCCCACCAAGUCAGUCACCUACCAACUUCUGUCCUUGCUCUCUGAACCCUGCCACACUGGCUGUCCUCCCAUUAUCCUCCUCUGCCUGCUUCUUCCUCAUUCCCCUGUGCCACUUUUUAUGGGUUCACCAGAAAGGAGGGGAGAUUUUUCUUUCCCUUGUUUGCUUCACACCAUUACUCCCAUCUGUUCAUCCAGGCUCUUGGUUCCUUUGUUUUUCAGAGUCAUAUGGAUUUGGGUGCAAUUUACACUCUCUGGGAUGCUCCUCUGGACAGUGCUGGUGUGGGAAGGAGGUCUGGUUCACAGGCCAGCACCAGGGGUGGGGGAAAUGUGCAUCUUCAAAUUAAUCAUAAUUUUCUCCUCCAGAAAUGCUAAUGGGGGAAAAGCAAUUAAAGCAGCCUGGUUUUUAUUAAGUAAUCUGUGUUAAGAGCUUGUAAUGAAGUUUAGUGACAUUGUGACUCGAUAUUUCAGCUUCAUCGGUUUGAGUCAAAACAAUCCAAAGUGGGAAGGGAGCAAGGAAGUGAGCUGCUCCCCAGCAUCUGUAGUGCUGAUUCUUGUUCCAGCUCGUUCUUGCAGAUUUCCAGUGUAAUGCAUAGGAGACCACUCACUCUUUAUCCUUCCCAGGAUGAGAAAGGGAGCUUUAAAAUCUGCCACACAAACUGGGUGGCUUCUUGUUUAAAAUACCUGUUCUCAACAUGAGGCUGGCCAUGGCCCCUUGGAACAGACUUUGACUUAUUUUUUGGGGUAGUACAAACACUAAGUUUUCCAUAGGGAGCAAUGAGAGGACAGGGGACAGCAGAAGCGAGGUUACACUGAGGAGCAGUGAGACACCCCCAGCUGAGUGCUGCAAUGCCUCUGAACAGGUUCAUAAACCUUUUCUAAUGUCUGGAAAAGUUUUAGCUGACACAGGGCAAGGAUGGGGAUGACAUCUGCCAUUCCUGUCCUCUGCACCUCCAAGCCUGUGCUGGCUCUCCUGUGAACAGCACGGCCCUGUUACCGGGGUGACAAACUGCUGGGGGCUGUGAGCAGCUCUGGAAGCAGCCCAUCUCCUUCUCCUCUCCUUCCCCCCACUCCCAGAGAAGGCAAAAGAAAAAAAGGGACAAAGUCCCUUUAAAGAACUACAUGCCAAGCCUCUGCCGUCUUGUUUUAUCUGAAGUCCAACCGCAUGUUGUUCCAGGGCCGAUCCGCUUUAGCUAAUUAAUAAUCUGACAGGAGCCACCCAAGGGAUUAGCUGCUGAGACGAGCUAGACCAAACCCCCAGCAAAUGAGCCCCACGCUCCCUGGGGACUCAGAGAAUGAAGUGAAUUUAGAGCUAAAAACGAGGCAACAAACAAGGCCUUGAAAUCCCCGAAAGGUAGGAGAGACUUCAGACUGCAAUGGGCAGUUACUGGCAUUGCUGUAGAGACAUCCUGAACGACGUGUUGGAAAAGGAAGUGCACAGGACAGUCUUUCUGCAUUGUGAACAUAUUUGAGACCCCCAUGCAAAGCUGUGCUCUGUUCUGACUCCAAGUCUCCUCAGACAUGGCCGAGGAAAAUGCAUCUGAAAGAACUCUAUGCACUGACGCAGCCUCAGGAAAACCCGCAAUGGCUGCCAAGCGCAAAGGCGGCCUGAAGCUGAACGCCAUCUGCGCCAAGCUGAGCCGCCAAGUCGUCUUCGACCACGGGGGAGCCGAGCAGGCACGUGCAGACAAGGGGCCACAGCAGGAGAGCAGCAACAAGGACCUGCCCCAGCCUGGCACCAAAGAGCUGGGCACAGAGUUCUCAGAUGGACUCAGCCGCGUGCAGAAGAUCGAGGAGGACAAGAGGAGGGAGGUGAUCGAGAAGUGGGUGAACGGCGAGUACAACGAGGAGCCCUUGCUGGGGCGAGCAGAGGGCAAAGAAUGUAAGGGCACCGAGAGCACAGAGGUGCCCCCCGAAGGGGUUUACAUGGUGCAGCCCAAGGGCUGCAGCGACGAGGAAGAUAACGGGGACGAGGCAGAUGCUCUGAGGGGCUCACAGGAUGGCAACUUCUUGGAUGACAGGGAUUCAGAUGGGCCAGCGAAGGAUGAUGCCUACCGGUCCUCCAGUGGCGAGCCAGGCUCCAAGCUGGGGGCAGGAACCACCUCAGGGGAAGCUUCAUCACUGCGGGAUUACGCCGCCACCACCAUGAACGAGUUCCUGGGCAUGUUCGGCUACGACGACCAGAACAUGCGUGACGAGCUGGCCCGCAAGAUCAGCUUCGACAAGCUGAACGCUGCUACCUCAGAGGCCGCGGCCAGCGCCGCCCUGCCCGGCGACGACGCCGGCAGCAAGCGAGCCCGCUUCUCCAAGUACGAGGAGUACAUCCGCAAGCUGAAGGCUGGAGAGCAGCUCUCGUGGCCCAUGCACUUGGCCAAAUCUGAGGAGCUGGGCUCCAAGCUGGGCAAGGAGCCGUCCUCAGUGCUGGCACAGCCCAUCCGCGUGCCGGGCCCGGACGCCUCCAUGCUGACGGAGACCAAAGCCACCAUCCUGCCACUGCCCUCUCCCAGCAGUUCCCAGAUGCAGGGCCUGAUGUCACGGGCCUCCAAAUACGACUUCUUCAUUCAAAAGCUGAAGACGGGUGAGAGCAUCAGGCCACAAAAUGGCAACACUUACAAGAAGGCCUCCAAGUAUGACCUAGAAAACGUCAAGUACUUGCACCUUUUCAAGCCUGGGGAAGGAAGCCCAGAUAUGGGAGGAGCCAUCGCCUUCAAGACAGGCAAGGUAGGCCGGCCUUCCAAGUAUGAUGUGAGGAACAUUCAGAAGCUCACUCCAGUAAAAGCUCCAGUCCCCAGCCUGGCCCCUGCUUCCCUCGCCAGUACCCCCAGCAGCACUCCCGUGGCCGGGCCAGAGCAGUCCAUCUCAUUGCCAUUCAACACUCCUGAGUACCUGAAAUCAACUUUCUCCAAGACAGACUCCAUCACAACUGGAACAGUCUCUACAGUAAAGAAUGGAUUACCCACUGACAAACCCGCCGUCAGCGAAGACGUAAAUAUUUACCAGAAGUAUAUUGCCAGGUUCUCUGGCAGUCAGCACUGUGGCCACAUCCACUGCGCGUACCAGUACCGAGAGCAUUACCACUGCCUGGACCCCGAGUGCAACUACCAGAGAUUCACCAGUAAGCAGGACGUGAUCCGGCACUACAACAUGCACAAGAAGCGGGAUAACUCCCUGCAGCACGGCUUCAUGCGCUUCAGCCCCCUGGACGACUGCAGCGUCUACUACCACGGCUGCCACCUCAACGGCAAGAGCACCCACUACCACUGCAUGCAGGUGGGUUGUAAUAAGGUCUAUACAAGCACCUCUGAUGUGAUGACCCAUGAGAACUUUCACAAGAAGAACACGCAGCUCAUCAACGACGGCUUCCAGCGGUUCCGUGCCACCGAGGACUGCGGCACUGUGGAAUGCCAGUUCUACGGGCAGAAAACCACUCACUUCCACUGCAGGAGACCUGGGUGUACAUUCACCUUCAAGAACAAGUGUGACAUCGAGAAGCACAAGAGCUACCACAUCAAAGAUGAUGCCUAUGCCAAGGAUGGCUUCAAGAAGUUCUACAAGUACGAGGAAUGCAAGUACGAGGGCUGUGUCUACAGCAAGGCCACCAACCACUUCCACUGCAUAAGGGCAGGCUGUGGUUUCACCUUCACCUCCACCAGCCAGAUGACUUCCCACAAACGCAAACACGAGCGCCGGCACAUCCGGAGCUCGGGAGUGCUGGGCCUGCCUGCAUCACUCCUGGGCUCCAAGGAUAACGAGCAAGAGGAGUCCAGUAACGAUGACCUCAUUGACUUCUCUGCCAUGAGCUCCAAGAACUCCAGCCUGAGUGCCUCCCCGACCAGUCAGCAGUCUUCCGUUUCUCUCAUCGUCCCAGCUGCGCCCUCCUCUGUGGCUGAGCUUGCUUCCUCACAGGCCACCAAGUCUGCCAACAGCAUGACACCAGCCACAAAGAUCUCUGGCCUGCUUUCCCAGGCUCUUCCCAGCAAUAUACCCUUGGCCCUGGCACUCUCCAACUCAGCACUUCCUGGAACAGCUGGAUCCUUCUUCCCCAUCAUCCCCAGUCGGGUCUCUACACCACUUCCUGCCAGCUCGGCUAAUCUGAUGGCUGCUGGUUCUUCUGGCACCAAUCCAGCAUCAUCUGCUCCUGCAGAUUCCUCAUCCCAGGCAGUUUCAGGAUCUGGUGAGCCAGUGGCUACUUCUUCACCUGCUCCAGCAGCCUCUAUAAUGGAAAGGAUCUCUGCUAGUAAGGGAUUAAUCUCUCCUAUGAUGGCCAGGCUGGCAGCAGCUGCACUCAAGCCCUCUGUGGCACUUGAAGCAGGGAAUGGCCAACCAGCACCUCCUGGACGGUUCAAUCCAGUCCAGGUGAAGCAGGAACCUGCAGAGGCCAUGGGACCAUCACCUGCCACCAGCCAGGACCCCUUGCAGGAGCAGAGCUUGGACCUGAGUGUCAAGGACCAUGGUAAUGAAUCAAAUGGCCACACAGUCUCGGCAAAUUCAUCUCUUUUAUCCUCGCUUAUGAAUAAGAUGUCCAAGAGCAGUGCCAGCCUUGGCAACCUGCUGAACAUUAAGGCAGAAGGGGAAGGCAGCCAGGCUGGGGAGCCAACUCAGUACUUGGGCAAGGCAGUGAAGGCACUGGUCCAGGAGAAGCUCUCUGAGCCAUGGAAGAUGUACCUGCGCAGGUUUGGCACCAAGGAUUUCUGUGAUGCCCAGUGUGACUUUCUCCACAAGGUGCAUUUCCACUGUGUGGUGGAGGAAUGUGGGGCCCUCUUCAGCACCCUGGAUGGAGCCAUCAAGCACGCCAAUUUUCACUUCCGAACUGAAGGUGGAACUGUGAAAAGCAACUCUGAGUCUCCCUUCUCAACUGCUCCUGAGAGUAAAGCUUCACUGGCCCCUUCAUCACCAUCUGCUGCUUCUGCCACCAUGGCCAGUGCUCCUGCCCUCGACGUGCCCACUCCAAAUCCAGCUGCUAUGCCCUCUGCUCCCACACUACUUGCUUGGAAGCAGCUGGCUUCAACCAUACCCCAGAUGCCUCAGAUCCCAGCAUCAGUGCCUAACCUGGCAGCUUCACCCUUGGCAACGACUUCCCUGGAGAAUGCCAAGCCUCAGGUCAAACCUGGAUUUCUCCAGUUCCAGGAGAAUGAUCCCUGCUUGGCAACAGACUGCAAGUACGCCAACAAAUUCCACUUCCACUGUCUCUUUGGGAACUGCAAGUAUGUGUGCAAAACCUCUGGCAAAGCAGAAUCCCACUGCCUGGACCACAUCAACCCCAACAAUAACCUGGUGAAUGUGCGAGACCAGUUUGCUUACUACUCCCUGCAGUGUCUCUGUCCAAACCAGCACUGUGAAUUCCGGAUGCGAGGCCAUUACCACUGCCUGCGUCCUGGCUGCUACUUCGUCACCAACAUCACCACCAAGCUGCCCUGGCACGUGAAAAAACAUGAGAAGGCAGAGAGGAGGGCAGCCAAUGGCUUCAAGUACUUCACCAAGCGGGAAGAGUGUGGCAGACUAGGUUGCAAAUACAACCAGGUGAACAGCCACUUCCACUGCAUCCGAGAGGGCUGCCAGUUCUCCUUCCUGCUCAAGCACCAAAUGACAUCCCAUGCCAGGAAGCACAUGAGAAGGAUGCUGGGGAAGAACUUUGAUCGUGUUCCUACUCAGGUUAUUGGCCACACUCCAAGAAAUGAAAAUCUCCCCCAGGUUGGCAGCAUGGCACCCAGCCCAGCCUCAUCAGGAACCCCAGCUUCCUUUCAGGGACCCCCAAGCAUGAUGGACACUGAAACAGAAGAGUACAUGGAUUACACUGGCUGCAGCCCUGGGGGCAUCUCCUCUGAAUCUUCCAACAUGGACCGCAGCUGCUCCAGCACUCCAGUGGGCAAUGAAAGUACCUCGGCAGGGAACACCAUCACUAUGCCAACAGCCUCGGGGGCCAAGAAGCGUUUCUGGAUUAUUGAGGACAUGUCCCCAUUUGGCAAGCGCCGCAAGACCGCGUCCUCACGCAAGAUGCUGGAUGAAGGGAUGAUGCUGGAGGGAUUUCGGCGCUACGACCUCUACGAGGACUGCAAGGACUCCAGCUGCCAGUUCUCUCUCAAGGUUACCCACUACCACUGCACACGGGAGAACUGCGGCUACAAGUUCUGCGGCCGUACCCACAUGUACAAGCACGCCCAGCACCACGACCGUGUUGACAACCUAGUGUUGGAUGACUUCAAACGCUUCAAGUCUUCACUGAGUUGUAACUUCCCAGACUGUCAGUUCUCUGGCAAUAGCACACACUUCCACUGUCUGCGCUGCGGCUUCCGCUGCACCGACAGCACCAAGGUGACGGCGCACCGCAAGCACCACGGCAAGCAGGACGUGAUCAGCGCCGCCGGCUUCUGCCAGUUCAGCUCCAGCGUGGACUGCGAGGUGCCCGACUGCAAGUACAAACUCAAAUGCUCCCACUUCCACUGCACCUACCCUGGCUGCAAGCACACAGUGGUGGGGAUGUCACAGAUGGACUCUCACAAGCGCAAGCACGAGAAGCAGGAGCGGGGGGAGCUGCCUGCCAUCUCCCCCGGCCCCGAGGGCCUUGCCCACUCCACUCUUGAGUAUGACAUCCAGAACUCUUCCAUCAGCCUGGACAGUUCCCUCAACCUCAGCACUGACAACAACAGCUCCCUGUUCUUCCUGCAGAACGCGGCCGGCGUGGGGCUCGGGGACUCGCUGGACCUGAGCAAGAAGGCGGCGGAAGGCAGCGAGGGCCCGGCCCCGAGCAGAGCCGGGGCUGCCCCGCAGGACGGGAGCGCGGCGGCGCCCGCAGCCGCUGCCGGGGAGGACGAGGACGACUCCUCCCAGGAGGAUGAAGAGGACGAUGAGGAGGAGAUGAAUGAAGAAGAGGACGAUGAUGAAGAGGAGGAUGACGAUGAUGAUGAUGAGGAGGAUGAGGAGGAGGAAGACCUGAACACAGAUUCUGAAGAAUCGCUGCCGGACCCUGAAGGCCUGGCCGCUAAAGAAGAUGGAGAACCAGACGAGGGUGCUUCUUCCACAGAGCGUGGCGAUGCUUCCCGGCCACAGGGCGAGCCAGCCCUCACUCCAGCCCCAGCCCCAGCCCCUGCCCCUGCCCCAGCCCCUGCUCCAGCUGCUGCCUCAGCCUCCACUGCUGCUCCAGCAGCUUCUCCUUAAUCCCAGAGACAGCAACGGCAGUGGUUUGGUUUUUCUCCUACACAGAAUUACUGAGAGGACCCCGUACGAGGCAAGAACAAAGAUGGGGAUGGCAAAUGAAAAACGAACUCCGUGCCACAAACGAGAGAGAGGAAGGAAGGAAACCCCUGCUCCUCCCCAGGCCCCAGAAGAGAUCAGCUGGCAGCAGGACUGGUGCUGCAUCACUCCAUCCUACAGAUCCCGGAACCGGGGGCAGGAUGCAGCGAGAAAUGCCCUUUCUAUGGACAUGAACCCUGAGGGCACCCGCUGCUUUUCCUUGCUCCCUGCACGGUGCGUGGGGCCUGUGCCCAUCUGGGGACCCUUUUUUAUGGGCGGGGCUCUAUCCCCCCAGUUUUCUUUCUGGGUUUUAUUUUUCCAUGUUUUCAGUUGUACGAUAAUAAUAAUAAUCUCCACUUCUUGGAGGGGGGUGGGUGGGAACAAGAGGUAAUGAAUUUUAGAAAUAUAUAUUUGUGUGUGUGUCUCUCUAUAUAUAAUGUACACACACACACACAUAUAUAAAAUUAAAGGAAUUGGUGUCACAAAGACAAGUAGCUCAGCUUUUGCCAGUGGGAAGGAGGGGGUGAGGAGUGUGCUCUCUCUCUCCACCCUUCCCCCUUCUUUCUCCAGCAUUAAAUGGCAUCAGACAGCCAGGGUGGGAGUGGGUAUUUAUUGUCACAUAAAUGAGGAUGCAUUAAUGAAUGAGCAGGGGUGGGAAUGGGACACUCCUCUGUUCUUCCAGAUCCUUUUUACUGUUAAUGAUAAUAAUUUUGAAUGCUAUUUAUAUUGUAAAAUUUUCUCAGUCUACACUUUCUCUGUAGGACACCUCUCCUCAUCCCUGCUGUUCUGACUGUAGGGAUUUAGCUGAAGUAACCUGGGAAGAACAGUUAGUUCUAGCAGGCAGUUUAAAGGGUCUGUCACACUGGAGGACUGGGGUUACUCUGCCAUCCAGUUCCAUCUCAUCCCAACCCCUCGGUGCUUCCUCUCUGUGGAGGGUGAGGCGUUUUUGUGGUGCUUCAGUAUCCCCAUCUCAGGAGCUGUGAGCUGCCCCAGGUGCAGCACAGGGAGCACCCAGCUCUCACAGGAGCGUCCUGGUCACUAAAGCAGCCUUGAGAAAGGGCCCAGCUCUGCCCCGGGCAGUCGGACCGGGACAGGUCCAGGUGGCAGCGCUGGUCCCCAGCCCUGUGCUGCAGACACGGCGCUGUGUGACGGGCACGGAUCUCAGGUGACUCUGGCAGGGCACGCUCUGAGCCCCCUGGCGUGUCCUGCCCGGCUCUGGGUGGGGAGGGGACAGCCCUGUUCUGCAGCAGGACCGGCUGCCCAGC